AUGCUAAAUUGGCCAGAUAUUGCCAUAAUAUGGAGAAAACUAAUAUUGGCUCGACAUCUUUUAUUGAGAUGGAGGGCUAGAAUUGCUUUAAAUUCUUCUUCAUGGCUCUUGGACAAUGCAUUCGGGGAUUUCAAAAUACUUGCAACCCUAAUUCUAGUCGAUGGUACGAUACUGAAAUCUAAAUAUCACGACAAGUUGAUUAUUGUUACAUGUCAAGAUGUCAACUUCCAAAUUUACCCUCUUGCAUUUGGCAUAGUCAAUAGCGAGAAUGAUCUGUCAAUGCGAUGGUUCUUCACAAAGCUGAGGAAAGCAAUCGGGGAAGUCAAGGACCUUACAUUUGUAACCGAUCGAGGACCGUCUUUAAUAAAUGGUAUCUUUGAAGUUUUUCCCGGAGUACGUCAUGGGUAUUCCAUGUACCAUAUACAAGGCAACUUGAAGACUAAGUAUCGAGGCAAAGACAUCAUUUCACUGUUCAGGAGAACGACCGAAGCUUAUAGUGUUGAAGAGUGUAAUAAGUUCAUGGUUAAAAUAAGAAGUAAAUCAUUCCAGGCACAGGAGUAUCUAACGAAAAUGGAGAUUGAACAUUGGGCGCGCUUGUAUUUUUCAAGACGUCGAUACAACAGGAUGACGUCAAACAUCGCGGAGUCUCUCGAUGUAUUAUUCAAAAGGUAUCGACAAUUAUUGAUUUUAGCACCGAUUGUGAAUAUUCGUAUAAAGUUGCAGCAGUGGUUCCACGAUCAACGUGCGAAAUCACAGAGUUGCACAAGUGUGCUAGCUCCGGUGCAAAAGGAAAAGCUCUUUAAAGAUGUAAAUGUUGCGAGAUAG